AUGCUCCUUCUUGGCAGCCCCCUUUGCCAGUCCCUCUGGGAGGUUGUGUACUGGUGGCUCUUCCCCCUCCGUCCCUUCCGUCCAGGGUAUCAGAAGGCCUCGGGGGUCCUGGGGACUCGCUUCACCUGUGACUUCGAAGGCAGCGCCUGCGGCUGGGAGGAUAUCAGCAGCACAGCCUUCCGGUGGAGCCCCGCCCAGGCCAACCUGUCCAUAGCAGGGGUGGAACCCCCUUUCGACCAUACGCUGGGCACUGAUUUGGGCUGGUACAUGACCACCACAAAGCAGAGAGCAAAGCCCUCAGCUGCAGCUCGGCUCAGGUCCCCCCCAUUGCAAGAGGCGGCGGCUGCCUGCGAGAUCCGAGCUUGGUAUCGCCUGUGGGGGUCAGGUCUCAACGGGACUCAGCAACCUCCGUUGACCCUGGAAUUGAGCCAGGGAAAUUGCACCCUCACCCUGUGGCGGAGCCCUCCAGGUCGCACCUACGCCUGGCGGGAGCUGGUGGCCUACACCGGCCGGAUCCAGGGCACCUUCCAGGUAACCUUCUCCUCGGCCCAGGACUUCUCCUCGACCACGCAGCUGGCCCUGGACGACGUGGAGUUCAGGAACUGUGGCCUUCCAUGUCCCCAGAUGUGCGGCUCAGAGGCAUUCCGCUGCCAGGGGGGUGGCUGCAUCGCCCAAGACCGGGUGUGUGACGGCACCGCAGAUUGCAGGGCCGGUGAUGAUGAGAAUAGCACCGAGUGUGACUCUUUCACAGCUUGUUCCUUCGAGGAGGACUGGUGCCAGUGGACGGCGAUGUCCAACGCGACUCUCUCCUGGCUGAGGAACUCGAGCUUCCACCUCGGUUCCUCUUCCACGGGGCCUUUGCGGGAUCACAGCACCAAUGGCCGGGAAGGUUUCUUCGUGUACGUCGGCACCCAGAACGCGGACCUCCAGGAGGGAAAAGCUUGGCUGAGCAGCCCCACGCUGGCCCUGGGCCCUGAUCAGCAGUGCUACCUGGUUCUCUACGUCCACCUGCACGGCUCAAACAGCAACAGCCUGAAUGUCUACGUCCAGACAGCGGAGGCCCUGCAGCUUGUCUGGAGCCGCACGGGGGACCUGGGUGACUACUGGUUCCGGGAGAAAGUGGAUUUCCAGGUGGCACAGACGUUCAAGAUCCUCAUCGAGGGUAGGAUUGGAAUGGGGCAGGAAGGGAGCAUCGCUCUGGAUGACCUUCGUCUGUCCCGUCAGUGCCGAGUGCAGGAGGAAGUGAGUGGCAAAACCCCACUCCUGACCCCCGCCACGCCGGAGCCCUCCCACCCUUGCGCCAGGGGGCAGUUUGCGUGUGAUCAGGGCAGGCGGUGCCUCGGCCUCGAGCUGGUCUGCAACUUCCAGGCCGAAUGUGAUGAUGGUGCCGACGAGCAGCAGUGUGGGAUGACUGGUUUUGCCAGCGGCCCUGGGGGCUGGAUGGACGUCAGCGUGGGCCGGCUGCGAUGGACCACCAGCCAGUUGGGUUCUGUGGGACCCACUUUCAGUGUGCAGGAGGGCCCAGGGCAGAUGUUCUCCAUGGCGCGGGCUGCUACCCCUGUGCUGGGUCCUUCGGGAUCAGCCUGUGCUCUGCAGAUGGGCUUCUCCACUGGCCCCCGAGGCUUCCUUGCCCUCGCCAUUGCCGAUGAGGGCCUGGGGACCCGCUGGUGGGCCUGGUUUGCCCAGGGCAGUGGCACCGCUACUUGGUCAGAGGCCACGGUGCCUCUGGGCGCGAGGAAGAGGCCUUUCCAGCUUGAGCUGCUGGCCAUGGAGGAUCUCGAUGGCCCCCAGGAACCCCUGCCCAUCGCCGUCAGCAACAUCUCCUUUGUGAACUGCAGUGCCAAAGCCCCGGCCUCAGCCCCCCAAGCAGGGCUGUCCUGCAAUUUUGAGAGCGACUGGUGCGGCUGGUACCUGGAGCAGAACGAUGGCUUCGAAUGGGAGCGGAGCAGCAGCCAGGGAUGGGCCGCGGACCACACAACGGGCACAGGCUCUUUUCUGUUUGUGGAUCCCUCCGGACCCCGGGGCUGGGGCCGGGGCUGGCGGGCGCGCCUCGUUUCUGCUCCGCAGGCCUCUGCGGCCACUGCUGAGGUCUCCUGUCUUUCCUUCUGGUAUCGCAUGGACGGCCCCCAGAUUGGUACCCUGACCCUCAAAAUGAAGGAGGCUGGGGAAUCAGAGCAGGUGCUUUGGACCAGGACAGGGAGCAACGGUGCGGUCUGGCAUCGAGAGAGCUCCACCAUUUCCCCCAAGCCUGGCUGGAGUUACCAGGUGAUCUUUGAGGCUCUCCGGGACGGCUUUCUGGGGAGGAUAGCUUUGGAUGACAUCACGGUGACGCCUGGGGCCUGUGCAGCUCAGAAGCAUUGCUCCUUCGAGGCUGACGAGUGCGGAUUCUCUGCCCCCAGGCAGCAAAUGUGGCGGCGGCAGAACGGCACCAGGGGCUGGGGCCCUCCAGUGGAUCACACCGUUGGCGAGCCAAGAGGGCAUUACAUGGUCAUCGGCACCAGCGCAGACAAGCUGCCUUCUGGGCAGGUGGCCAUCCUGCGGUCUCUCGUCUUCUCGCCUCGGCCCCACACCUACUGCGUCAGCUUUUGGUACUAUCCAAGCAGCGGUGACCCAGGAUCCUUGACUGCCUACGUGGAGGAGGAGGAGGGGGGAGCACAAAGAGGGACGCUCAGCCUGGACACGGCCCAGGGGGCAGCCUGGCGGUACGGCAGCUUCGUGGCAAAGGUCCAAGGGAGAUGGCAGGUGGUCUUUGCGGCAGGAGGGGCUGACGGAGGGCCUGCUUCUUACAUCGCCCUCGACGACCUCUUUGUGAAGGAGGGAGGCUGCUCUGAACCAGGCUCUUGUGACUUCGAGUCAGGCCCCUGUGGAUGGAGCAAGCCGCACGGAAACCGGUAUGGCUGGGACUGGAAGGGAGCAGCCACCCCACUGCGCUCCCCGUCUCCCAAGGAAGACUGCACCCUCGGCACCGGAGCAGGUCAGCCUCCCUCCCUCCCGUCGCACGGAAGGCGGCUUGGGCUGCUGGGAGACGUCCUCAAGGCAGCUCUGGGCCUGGUGUCUGCCUCUGCCGAGCAGCUUAGCUCACCAGGCCUGCCUUUGACCUUCACUGCACCGCCCAUAGAUGUCUUUAUUCACUUAGAGAUUUGUGUGGCUGCCCAACUCACACGUGGCGACUGACUUGCAACGGAGCUGUGAUUAGAGGGAGCAGAUGGCUCCAGUUUGAUGCAGCAACUGCCGUUUGGCAGAAGUUGCCCAGUCUUGCCUAGGUUUGGGGGAUCUGACGCACCUUCUUAAUCCAUGGGUUAUUACGUGACCCCGCCACAAGGAAGCCGAAGUCCUGGACGGUGCUCUUCGUCCAUUUAGUGGCUUCAAUUUCCUCAUGAAAACCGUGGCUGGCAGAUUGGGCAGGCUGCACAUUCUGGGGCACUCGGCACCCUCAGCGCCCCAGCCUGGGGCGCAGUGGACCAAGAGGAAGGAGAACCCGUCUUGGUCUGUUUGAUCAGUCCCACAGAAAUAUGUCCAGGCUGUAUUUCCUUCGCACUGUUCAGCUUCUUCUUUGCAGGUUACUAUGCCUACGUUGACACGGCAAUGCUGGGCCCGGGGAAGAGCACAGCGCGCCUGGCAAGCGAACCCCUGGCACCCACCACGGGCUCCUGCCUGCGGUUCCACUACCACAUGAGCUUCCUCGGCCGUGGCUGUGAGUGGGACGG